GGGAGGGGAAGCAGAACAAACUGUAAGCUGGCUGGCGGAUCCAUCUUGCUCGAAAAAAGAGGCGAGGGUCGAAGCUUUUUUUCCCCCCCAGUUUAGUGUCUAAAAGACCGCGCCGCUCCCCCCAUUAAUCGCGUUGGGGAGCCCGAGGAGGGGGGCUCUGUUUGUAGGAUGUCCCGACAUGAGGGUGUGAGCUGUGACGCGUGUUUAAAAGGGAACUUUAGAGGAAGACGGUUCAAGUGUUUAAUUUGCUACGACUACGACCUGUGCGCAUCGUGCUACGAGAGCGGAGCCACGACAACAAGACACACAACAGAGCACCCCAUGCAGUGUAUAUUAACCAGGGUAGACUAUGACUUGUAUUAUGGAGGAGACACUUUUUCAGUAGAGCAACCCCAGUCAUUCACAUGUCCUUACUGUGGCAAAAUGGGCUAUACGGAGACGUCCCUACAGGAGCACGUCACCUCAGAACAUGCAGAGACUUCUACAGAGGUGAUCUGUCCAAUAUGUGCGGCCUUGCCAGGAGGCGAUCCUAACCACGUCACAGACGACUUCACAGCUCACCUCACACUUGAACACAGAGCGCCAAGAGAUUUAGAUGAGUCCAGCAGUGUUCGACAUGUACGCAGGAUGUUCCACCCCGGUAGAGGGCUUGGCGGUCCUAGAGCACGGCGGACAAAUAUGCACUUUACUAGCGGCUCCACAGGGGGACUUUCAUCCUCCUCAUCACAGAGCUCCACCUACACCCCCAGUAACAGAGAAGCAAUGGACCCCAUUGCAGAGUUGUUGUCUCAGCUGUCAGGUGUGCGGCGUGCGGCGGGGGGCCAGAUAAACUCAUCGGGGCCUUCAGCCUCUCAGCUCCAGCAGCUCCAGAUGCAGCUGCAGUUGGAGCGCCAGCAGGCCCAGGCAGCACGUCAGCAAGUGGAGACAGGCCGGCACGCCACGCGACGCAGCAACAACCCGGGCAACUCUGGCACCACCAUCCCUCCACCCAGCACAGCAACCGCCAACACUGCCACUGUGGGUGAAAACAACCCGUCGUCCUCGUCCCACAGCUCCCAGUUCCUAUUAGCACGGUUAAAUGAACCUAAGAUGUCUGAAGCAGAGCGUCAGUUUCUAGAAGGAGAGCGCGCAGACCGCAGCCUGUUCGUCCAGGAGCUGCUCCUGUCCACGCUGAUGCACGAGGAGAGUUCUUCCUCCGACGAGGAGGAGCGCCGAGACUUCGCCGACUUCGGAGCGAUGGGCUGCGUGGAAAUCAUGCCUUUAGAUGUUGCGCUGGAGAACCUCCAGCUCAGAGAGAGCCGCUCUACGGGGAAGGAGCCUCCGCCGCCUCCUCUUUGAUGUCCGAGCAUCAAGCAGACUGUGUCCUCUCUGCUGCAACUGUCAGUGAUGGGCAGCAAACAGCAGCAGUCCUCCCUGGCCUCCUCCCUCUCCUCCCUCCCUCCCUCCCUCCCUCCUCUAUUUUCUGAGUUUGUUUUUGGUGAUUGUAAUUUCAGGCCUGUCACCAUUUUUGUUACAUUGUAAACAAAAAUAAAUGAGAGAAAGUGGGAUAAAUGUGCGAGUGCGCUAAAGCAACUGAGUGAACGAGCGAGAGAAGAGAAAUCUAUAAAUAUAUAUAAAAUAUAUAUGAAGUUGAUAAUCAAUCCACAUAACUUUUCUUUUCUUUAUCAGGUUAAUGUUACAGGCAGCUGUGGCACACCUUCGCUUCCUGUGACAUGCAAACGGCUCUCCAUAUAAAUACUCCACAUUCAAAAAGUCAAAGAGGGCCGAGGCUCCUCUCAUGAAGCUGCUGUGUGUGUUCAUGACUAUUACUAAAUAAAAAGUGCUUGGAUGGGCGACCAUUACUACUGCAUGCAGUUCUUUGCAGCGUGCAUGACUUUUAAUGACCUUGUUGUCAUUAAAACUUAAAAAAAAAAAAAAAGAUCCCAAAGCUUUCAACUGUUUUUAAAAAUGGUUAUUUCAAACAUGUUUAAGUCUUGCUAAAUUGAGUUCCUCACAAAAAAAAACUGACAUGCAGAAAUUUAACUAACAAUAUAUGUUGUUAGUUUCUGUUUAAGAGAAGAGAGAAACAAUUGGAUUCAGCUGUAGCUUCUGAAGAAAUGCUGCAAUGUGUGUGUGUGUGCGUGUGUGUGUGCGCGUGUGUGUGUGCGCGCGUGUCUCAGCUCCAGAAUGCCUUUCGUGCAUCCGAUGAAGACUAGGAAGAGAAGAAAAGAGAGUUUGCCUCUGUUUUUUUUUCCUAGAUGUUAAUGUUUAGUGAUAAGCUGUUUAGGCACCGUAAACUUCAUAACUGAUAAAUAAUAACAGUCGCUCUACUACAGUUUGUCUGUUGGUGUUUAACACUUGUCUCUGGUAUCAGACCACGUGCUUUAGAUGGCUUUGUUUGAUUCUUUUUGUUUGUUCUUUGGGUAACAGGAGCUUGAGACCUUCCACACUGCGGUUUUGUUUUCCUCUAUUUGUUUUAUGAGAAGGUAUUCUUUUUUUUUUUCUGCUAAGGUUAGCACUUUCUAUUUAUUCAUGUUUUUUCUUUCUGAUUCUUUUGAGCCUUUAAUCUGAAUAAUGCCACCUUCAUGCCUAUACUUUUACCCUCUAUGUAAAUUACAAUGAGAUGUAUAUGGAAUUUGUGCGUUACCUUUCAUAAUGGUUCUAAGACAUGGGCAAACACUUUUUUUUAAAUCUGUAAAUUUAGAAUACAAUAAAUAUAAACUGCGCACAGCUUUUGAUGAAACCAAGAGACCAUCA